AUGGGGAAGAAAGGGAAGAACACCAAUAACGAUUCUCCACUUCUCAAUUAUUUUCUCUUGAAUUCGCCGGACACCUCCUCCGCCGUGAACUUCAAGCGCUUCUUCCAAUCUCAAACAAACCAUGAGCAUCAUAGGAACAUAUCUUUGGACAAAAGCCUUAGUGCUUCCUUAGAUUCUCUUGAUAACUCUUUUGUCGGCGAUGUUUGGUAUUUGAUUGUCGUCUUCAUGGCUACUCUCAGUCUGUUAUUAUUCCUACCGAAAGGCAGUAUUGCCCUCUUGAGUCUCAAGAAAAUGCAAAACCCUACAGUGACCACUGUUACCUUCAGGUUUACCAACCCAAUCUACAUUUCACUUUCUUGUACAUUUCACUUGCUGUGGCUGUGGAUGCUGUCAGAAAAGAUAAUAGUAUUCCAUGGCAUCUAACAAUGCAGAUCAGGUCGUCUUUGAUAAGGUUGCUGAAAUCAACGCAUCUAAAGAGUCUUGGAACAUACGUGUUAAAGUCGUCAUGCUUUGGAAGCCGACCUAUGUAAACAAUCCUAAUAUGGUCACAAGCCUGGACAUGAUUUUAAUCGACCAGGAGGGAAGUAGAAUUCAAGCUACAAUAAAAAAAAAUCUUAUUCCAGUAUUUGAAUCCCUAUUCGAUGAAGGAGCUGUCCGGGAGAUCAGUAACUUCGCUAUGGCUAGCAAUCAAAGCGAAUACAUGCUUGUACCUCAUAAACAUAAAAUCAAUUUCUACAAAACCACGAAAGUUCGUGUAUCCAAUGAUUUUGUUGAUACAGUAGAUCCUUAUCAUUUUAUCUCUUUCCCAGAUUUGCUAGCCAGGAACUUUGACACUCGUGUUGCAUUUGAUUUUCUAGGUGAAGUUGUGUCAAGUGAUCCCAUGCGAGUCAUUGUUGAGUAUGGAAGAGAGAAAAGGUUAAUGAAUCUGGUUGCUCAGGAUUUAAGUGGUACGAGAAUUGCAGUCGCUUUGUGGGGCAGUUUUGCAAUGAAGUUGAAUACUUACAUUUCACAACAUAAUAAUGACACUGCUCCUGUUAUUAUCCUGCUACAUUUGGCCAAACUCAAAAUUUGGGGUGGUCAGCCUCAAGUUGGUAAUUGUUUGUUUGGGUCUAGAUUGCAUAUAAAUGAUGAUAUGCCUCAGAUUUUGGAGUUCAAAUCAAAAAUUAAUGCUUUGGAUACAAAUGUUGAGUCUUCUAGCCGUACAUCCCAGCUCAACUCAGAUACCGUUGUGGCUAAUCCAGAGGAUUACUACCUCCGUUUUCAGAUAAAAAACAUUGAUGAAAUUCCUGAUUUUAAUGAGGAAGUUGGUUUAACCAUUAUCGCUACUAUUAUUGGUUUUGAUAUGGAUGAUGGUUGGUAUUCAUUUUAUUGCCGUGAUUGUUCUAAAAAAGUUACUAAAAAUCAUGAUGAUGUUGAUGCUGGCCCUUUUCACUGUGAUGGUUGUGGAUUUGUCUCGGAUGUAUUUGGAAAGAUUAGGAUAGUAGUUUGUGUGCAAGAUGAAAGUGGCUCUUCUUCGUUUGUAUUGUUUGAGCGUCAUGUAAAAGAUCUUAUUCAUCGUGGAAACCAAUGGUUGAUGGACAAAAUAGCUAAGGAUCAAGGCCGACAACAGAUACCUGAUGAGUUCAAAAUUCUUCUAAAUAAGAAGUUUGUCUUCAAAGUUCAGAUUUCCAUGUUCAAUCUGCAGAACAACUAUCGUGCUUACACUGUGCAUAAGUUAACCGAUGAUGAAAGGGUUCUUGAUGAGGUGACAAAAAGGUCAUCAAAUCAUCAACAUGAUCAUAUAAAUGAUAAUGGUACUCCUGUUAACAAGCCAAAUAAGGAAAAUACCAAUUCUGUGCAUGAUCACAAUCUUGAUGUUGUUGACCUUGAAGCUGUAACACCAUCAUCGAGUAUGGGGAAGCGCCCUAUUGAGAUUGAUGCCAACAAUGAGUCUUUGGAGUGGUCUUCUUCAAAAACUUAUGUUGUACGGGAUACCUUGAAGAUCCCAAAGUUGGAAAAGUUGGACUAAUAUCAAGCCACCCAUCAAAAUUUUACAUAUCAUCUUCGAUAUGUUUAUAGACAUUUUCUUUUUAAUCUUUUGUGUGUCGCAUUUUUAAUUCUCAGUUUAUUGAUCUUUUGGUUGUUUUUAAAAUUGUAUUGAGUUUUUAUUUGGUGUGUACACAAUGAUACAAUUGGAGGUCAUGACAAAUUUCAAGUUAUGGAACUCUUUUGAUUUAAUGCGUAUUUUCUUUCUUUUUUCUUUCA